UAUAGCAACCUGUUGCCACGGGAGACGAGACACAGCCGGCGUCAGCCAGCAUCCUCCUCCAGUCGCCAGAGGAGAGGACGGAGAGACAGAGGCUUCUCCUCCUCUCACCAAAAUAAAAUAAAAAUAAGAGAAAACUUGUGAGUCUGGAGACACUGCGACGCCACAGCAACAACUACUUCAUCCAGGAAGCUGUUGGAGAGCAGGCAGUGACCCCCAAGACCAGGACUACCCCCAGGACCAGGAUCUGGACCUAGACCACCGCCUGCUCAGGACGUCCAGUCUCUGACCUUCUUCUCCUACAUAGCAUGUUUUCCUGAGUUGAAGAAGCAAAGCGUUCUUCAUCCUGUCAUGGCCGACGACCUCUACAGCAGCACCUUCUCUGCGUCUGAGUCCGACUUCCCGUCCUCCUCGUCCUCCUCGUCCUCGCUGGCCUCGGCCUCCUUCCUCACGCUGGAGCAGAGGGCGGCCUUCGUCUUCGUCCUCAUCCUCUUCAUCUUCCUGGGCCUGCUCAUCGUUCGCUGUUUCCGGAUCCUGCUGGACCCGUACCGCAGCAUGCCGUCCUCCACCUGGACCGACUACAUGGAGAAGGACACCUUCGACUACCGGAUUUCCUGACAGGCGGCGUGAGAGGCAGCAACCCGGACAAAGAACAUGUUGAACUGAGGCAACAAUCACACUGAGGAAAAAAAGCAGAAACACACAAGUUCAUUUUCACCACCAGGAUCCACCAGACCAGCAGAGAGCAGGCUGGGAAGGGUUAGGGUCCCCAUCCACCACCAAGA